AACUUUCCCAAACUACGUCGUUAUUAUUUCUUCGCCCGACGGAGUAAGGAAGGGGCGAGUAGCGCAGCCGAGGGUUCAGCCUCUGUGCCCUUACUUUACAUCUCGAUUUUGCUCGCAGACACCGACGCAAGCUUCAAUAUUGACUGAUCUUCUCUCCUAUCUGUGUAAGUUUCCUCUUUUUUUCCUCUUCCCUCUUCAAAUCUCAGUGACAUCUGUAGCUAAACAUAGGUAAUGGCUAGAAAAUACAGUGAUUCCAGUGACGAUGAAAGGAGUAGGUAUCGUCGUCGUGAGAGAAGAAGCGACAGUAGACACGGUGACGAUAAUGAUAAGGAUGGAGGAAGAAUUGGUGAGCAGGAAGGUAGAGAUCGAGAGGAAAAGAGGGGAAGAGAGGUUCGAGAAAGGAGGUCAUCGAGGGUAAGUUCUGAUGAGGAAGGAGAAUUAGUAGAGAGAGAAAGGGAUGAACGAGAGAGAGAGAGAAAUAUUGACCGUAGGGAUAGGGUUAAAGAGUAUAAUCAGAGUUCUGAUGAAGGUGAUUACCGGGAGAGGAGAGACAGGCAUGAAAGAGAAAGAAACCGUCGGCAUGAAAAUGUACAUAUAAGGGGAGAAGCUGAGGAUAGAAGUAGGGACUUACAAUGGAAAUCAGAACGAGAGAGGGAUAGAAUUGAUGAAGACAGGCGUAGGAGGCAUAGGAACAGGGAUGAUGGGGAAAAUGGGAGACGUAAAGAGAAAGAUGAAGUGCGGGGAGAUGGCGAGCGUGGAAAGUUGGUUGAAGACUCAAAACCCGUCAAAACGACAAUUGGAGAAGGAAAUUUGAACGCUGAUGCAUCAAAUUUGGGUAGAAGUGGGGGUGUUUACAUACCUCCUUUCAAAUUGGCCCGAAUGAUGAAGGAAAUUCAAGAUAAAAGCUCUGUGGAGUACCAGAGGUUGACAUGGGAUGCCCUUCGUAAGAGUAUUAAUGGGCUUGUUAACAAGGUUAAUGCCACCAACAUAAAGAACAUUAUUCCAGAACUUUUUUCUGAGAAUCUGAUUCGAGGGAGGGGUCUUUUUUGUCGGUCAUGUAUGAAGUCCCAGAUGGCGUCUCCCGGUUUCACAGAUGUUUUUGCUGCGCUGGUAGCUGUUGUAAACACUAAAUUUCCUGAGGUGGGUGAGCUCUUAUUGAGAAGGAUAGUUUUACAGCUCAAGAGAGCAUAUAAGCGGAAUGACAAGCCUCAAUUGCUAGCUGCUGUAAAAUUUAUAGCACACCUAGUGAACCAGCAAGUGGCUCAUGAGAUUAUUGCUCUAGAACUUCUUGCUGUUUUGCUGGAGAAUCCCACUGAUGACAGCGUUGAGGUUGCGGUUGGUUUUGUCACAGAGUGUGGAUCCAUACUUCAAGAUGUCUCGCCAAAAGGCCUGGAUGGAGCUUUUGAGCGAUUUCGUGGAAUUCUUCAUGAAGGAGAGAUUGACAAGCGGGUGCAGUUUUUGAUUGAAGGCCUUUUUGCAAUUAGAAAAGCCAAAUUUCAGGGGUACCCUGCUGUCCGUCCAGAGUUGGACCUUGUGGAGCAGGAAGACCAGUUAACGCAUGAGAUAUCACUCCAGGAGAACAUAGAUCCUGAGAUCAGCCUUGAUAUUUUCAAGCCAGAUCCUAAUUUCCUUGAAAAUGAGAAGCGCUAUGAAGAAUUGAGGAAAAAUAUCCUUGGUGAGGAGUCUGAGGAUGAAGAAGGUUCUGAUGCAGAUUCAGGUGAUGAGGAUGAGGAUGAGGAUGAGGAUGAGGAUGAGGAGGAGGAGGAGGACGACGACGACGAACAACAGAUGCAAAUAAAAGAUGAGACUGAAACUAAUCUUGUAAAUCUUCGGAGGACAAUUUAUCUAACUAUCAUGUCCAGUGUAGAUUUUGAGGAGGCUGGCCACAAGUUACUGAAAAUUAAACUUGAGCCAGGACAGGAGAUGGAAUUAUGCAUCAUGCUUUUGGAAUGUUGCAGUCAGGAGAGAACUUAUCUCCGGUACUAUGGUCUUUUGGGGCAGCGAUUUUGCAUGAUCAACAAAGUCUACCAAGAAAAUUUUGAGAAAUGCUUUGUUCAACAAUAUUCCAUGAUUCAUCGGCUAGAAACAAAUAAGUUACGUAAUGUGGCAAAGUUUUUUGCCCAUUUACUUGGUACUGAUGCCCUGCCUUGGCAUGUAUUGGCCUAUAUACGGUUAACUGAAGAGGACACCACUUCCUCUUCUCGUAUAUUUAUCAAGAUUCUCUUCCAGGAGUUGUCAGAGCAUCUGGGAAUCCGCACAUUGAAUGAGCGCCUUACAGAUCCUGCCAUGCAAGACUCAUUUGAAUCUAUUUUCCCUAGAGAUAAUCCAAAGAAUACACGCUUUUCCAUCAAUUUCUUCACAUCCAUCGGGCUUGGUGGCAUCACCGAAAAUUUGCGCGAAUACUUGAAGAAUAUGCCAAGGCUUAUCAUGCAACAGCAAAAACCUGUCUCAGAAUCUGAGUCAGAAUCUGAAUCAGAUGAUGAAUCAGGGUCUGGUGGUUCGGAGUCUGAAUCAGAGUCAGAUUCAUCAAGUUCUGAUGAGGAUGAAAGACACGUGAAGCGGAGUAGAAGUGAUGGGGAUGAAAGAAGCAGGAGUAGAGGUGAUAGGGAUGAAAGAAGCAGGAAGCGAAGUAGAAAUGAUAGAGAUGAAAGAAACAGGAAGCAUAGUAGGAGAGAUUAGGGAAAUGGAAACCUCCUGCCGCAAGGUCAAAAGCUUGAUGUUUUAAAUUUAGAUAUUUAUUUGAGGCCAUCAUGUAAAUAUGGCAGUGUUCUCUACAAGCUUUUCUGCAUUAGAAUUGUCUUUUUCAGUUUGAUACUUCAAGUUUAUUCCAUGUUAAUGUAGUUGAUUGUCCUGUACUUAAUCUUGUAUUAUUAUCUUUAGCUUAGAUUUGUUUUAUGAAAUUGUGAUUAGAGACUUCAGAGAUCA